AAUCUGCCCAGGGGCGCCUGAGUAGCUCAGUUAAGCCACCCACUCUUGAUUCGGGCUCAGGUCCUGAUUCUCAAGGUGCUGAGAUAAGCCGGGCCUAGGCUCCUCGCCUGCUUGAGACCGUCUCUUUCCCUCUGCCCCUCCCCCGCCAACAACAACAAAAACCCACAACACACUGCCCAGAUCAGGGAGGAUCCUUUCACACUCCGCAGCUUCCCCUCCUCUAGAAACGUGGGAACCCAGGAGUCCAGCCUAAACUGGAAAGGUCCGUCUCCCCGGAGGGGAGGGCGCGGAGGUCUAGCAGUGCGCCUGCGUACCGAGUUCGGCGGGCUGAGGUCUCGCGGCGCGCCCCUCGCGAGCGCCUCACACCGCGCGAGAUUUCCUCCGCAGCUGCGUGGCGGAGUUAUUUUAUACAGAAAUCUUCUGAGACCACUGUGCAUCGAGGUGAUGAUUGUACAAAGAGUAGUAUUGAAUUCCCGACCUGGAAAAAAUGGUAAUCCAGUGGCAGAAAACUUCCGAGUAGAAGAAAUAAAUUUAUCAGAUAGUAUCAAUGAAGGACAAGUACAAGUGAGAACUCUUUAUCUUUCUGUGGAUCCUUACAUGCGUUGUAGAAUGAAUGAAGACACUGGUACUGAUUACAUAAGACCUUGGGAGCUGUCUCAAGUCGUUGAUGGUGGAGGUAUUGGGAUUGUCGAAGAAAGCAAACACAUUAAUUUUACUAAAGGCGAUUUUGUGACUUCCUUUUAUUGGCCCUGGCAAACCAGGGUUAUUCUGGAUGGAAAUAGCCUAGAAAAGGUGGACCCACAACUUGUGGACGGACACCUUUCAUACUUUCUUGGAGCUAUAGGUAUGCCUGGUUUGACUUCCUUGAUUGGGAUACAGGAGAAAGGUCACAUAACUGCUGGAUCUAAUCAGACAAUGGUUGUUAGUGGAGCUGCUGGUGCUUGUGGAUCCUUGGCUGGGCAGAUUGGCCAUUUGAUGGGCUGUUCCAGAGUGGUGGGAAUUUGUGGAACACAGGAGAAGUGCCUCUUUCUGACCUCAGAACUAGGCUUUGAUGCUGCAGUUAAUUAUAAAAAGGGGAAUGUCGCAGAACAGCUCCGUGAAUUAUGCCCAGCUGGAGUGGAUGUUUACUUUGACAAUGUUGGUGGUGACAUCAGUGAUACAGUGAUAAGUCAGAUGAAUCGGAACAGCCAUAUCAUCCUGUGCGGUCAAAUUUCUCAGUACAAUAAAGAUGUGCCUUAUCCUCCUCCACUACCCCCUGCCGUAGAAGCAAUCCAAAAAGAAAGAAACAUCACAAGAGAAAGAUUUCUGGUGUUGAACUAUAAGGACAAAUUUGAGUCUGGCAUUCUACAGCUGAGCCAGUGGUUUAAAGAAGGAAAACUAAAGAUCAGAGAGACUGUGACAAAUGGAUUGGAAAACAUGGGAGCUGCAUUCCAGUCCAUGAUGACAGGAGGUAACAUCGGAAAGCAGAUAGUUUGCAUUUCAGAGGAAACCUCUGUGUAAUCUGUAUAAGCAUCUUCAUCAAGGAAAUACACAGAUUUCUUUCCGUUUUGCACCAGAUUUUUUUAACUUUUUUUUUUUUUAAGAUUUUAUUUAUUUGCUUGACAGAGAUCACAAGUAGGCAGAGAGGCAGGCAGAGAGAGAGAGAGGAGGAAGCAGGCUCCCCGCCGAGCAGAGAGCCCAACGUGGGGCUCGAUCCCAGGACCCUGGGAUCAUGACCUAAGCCGAAGGCAGAGGCUUUAACCCACUGAGCCACCCAGGCACCCCUUACACAAAGAUUUUUAAGAUACAUUUAAUAAAAUUUUUAGAAUACAGAUAGCUUUUUAUUUAAAUUGAUUAUUGGUACUAUCAUCUAGUUGCAUAACAUAAACUUUUCCUAUAUCUUCAAUAUCAUGUAUGUUCUCUAUGUCCAGCACGAUUAUUUACAGUAAUAGAUUGAAGUCAACAUGACCUAUUUUUCUUUCUUUUACUAAAACUGAGACUAUAUUUGAUAUUUGAUCAGAUAUUCUGAAACCAUUGGAGAUUUGAUACAACUGCUUAAUGGAUCAUUUAAAUCAAUUUUUACAAUUAAUAAUUUUUAUUUAAAAUAGAAUGCUUGAGAAGAUGCAUAGUAAAUAUAUGUUGACCUGAAAAUGCUUUACAUAAUUCUUGAACUGUAACUUGGUGUUAAGAAUAGAAUUGGGAUGGCUUUUCUAUAUUGUAGUUCCAUGGAAAAGGGAUUUAAUGGCAGAGCGUAUGUUGGGACUUAGGGUAAUUCAGAGCUUGUGGAGCAGUUUUUAGGAUAGGAGAGCAGAGGCUUUGUGUUGAGAAGUAACAGGUCAGUCAGGUUGAUAAAGAGACUAGUUUAUCACAGAGGAUUAUCUGUGUUUUGCUAAAUAAUUUACUGUAUAACCUAAAAACUCAAAUACACAUUGAUAAAACUAUGUUUGUUUUAGGGUAGCAGUUACGUACUGUCAAAUAGUGUAAAGAUUUUGAGGGCAAAUAGGUACAAAUAUCACUUGAAGUUUUAGGUGAUUAGAAAGAUUUGGCAACAAAGGCAGCUUUAGAAAAUGACAGGACUGACUGAGCAAAUUAACAAAUGGCUGUGAACAUGAAUGUUCAAUAUCUAAUGUACCUCUAAAUAAGAGGGCUUGCUUCAUGAUUAUAAUCAACCCUUUACAACAAUAAAAUUGAGGAGAUUUUUCAA